AUGUACAUCAAGAGCGACCGAGUUCGAAAGGACGUGGGAGGACAAGAACCCAAAGAAAACCUAUGGCCAACCAAGACCGUAAUCGUCACGCCUAUGCAAUCGGUCCUCCUAGACUACGAAGCCGGAAAGUUCUUUCGCCUAAUCGAGGAGAUGAACAGAAGAUCAACUGCUGCUGUUCGAACACCAAUUGGAUUCAAUUCGCUGUUGAAAGUGGAAACUGAGGAAAGACAGGGGCCUGUCCCGGACCGUUCCUUGUUCAACUCUGCCGUCGAUAUCAUGCGAAAACAGUUGAGCAAGGCCGGCGAUGCAGUGACAUUCGCUUCAAGCAGCGCAACGUUGCAACAUGUCGUCAACCUUGUAUCGAAAUUAGCUGCAAUGUACAGUUUACGUCUCCGCCCUGAUAAAUGUAUGCAGAUGUGGAUCUCCGCGAGACCCUUAUCAGGAAUCAGGGUGAACGGACAACCAAUUGAACUUGUAGAUGAGUUCUGUUAUUCCGGUUGCAUACAGAAAAACGACGGCACUCACGAGGUGGAUAUUCUACAAAGAUGCGCCAAUGCCACUUGUGCAUUCAACUCCUCAAAAAAAGUGUUUGUGGUUGACCUCAUCGGUCAACGAAGUCAAGGUGCGAGUCUACCUAUUCGCAACUCCCCUUAUUAUGAUGAACGGAUCGGAGACUUGGGCAGCGCCGUCAACGGUGAUGGAGAAACUUGA